AUGACGAGCCUAUACGAUAAUAUUUCGGACUUCUGGACCUCAGAUGAGGAGCAGAAGGACGAGCCGAGACCGAAUGAGCUCAGCCUCGGAGCCGCAAAACAGGAUGCAAGCGCCUUUAAGAGGGAAUACCAUCCCUUGGAUUUCUCGCAAGCGUUCACAAAUCCGCUGGAUUCCAUGGCAUGGGUGCCAAUAAUCGACCAGACGGAGGUGAAGUACUCCCCGUUCGACCUACUAGACAAGGAUGAUCACGACAGCUGCUUCGACAUCGACGUUGAUCUGCUGGAAAAGCAGCUGUUCGGCGACUCCAUGGAGUACGCCGAGAACGAGCCAGAGUUUAAUGUGGCAGACAUGGCCACCGAGCUCGACGCAAUAUCACGUGGAGGCAGCGAACUGACGACUGAGCCCGUUUUGGGGCAGGCUGGAGCAGUUAGCACCGAAGCGGUCGCCGAACAACUUCAAGAGUCGUGGCCGAGCUCACAGAAUAGGACGUCAUUGGUAAAGAUAAAGCCUCUGGAAUCCUCCGAAGAGCCAAGCGAGGCGGCCAUGGUGGUACCGAAACCGGACGAGGAAAGGAGCUACAUACGCACCAAGUGGUCAGUAGUGGACGACUCCUCGCUGCCGCAGAUUGACGACUAUAUCAUCGAGUACCCAUUCGAACUGGAUGAUUUCCAGAAACGCGCGAUAUACCACCUUCACAAGAUGAAGCACGUUUUCGUGGCCGCGCAUACGUCGUCGGGAAAGACGGUCGUUGCGGAGUACGCCGUGGCGCUCGCCAUAAGUAGGGGGAAGAAGGCUGUGUACACUAGUCCCAUCAAGGCCCUCAGCAACCAAAAGUAUCGCGAAUUCACGAAACGGUUUGGAAAUGAGUCGGUGGGAAUCAUCACGGGGGACGUCUCGUGCAAUCCGAACGCGGCGUGCCUUAUAGUCACCACCGAAAUUUUGCGCAACCUCCUAUACAGAGGUGACGCGAUAAUCGGGCAGAUCGGAGUCGUCAUUUUUGACGAGGUGCACUACAUAAACGACGUAAACCGCGGUGUGGUGUGGGAGGAGGUAUUCAUCAUGCUCCCCAAGUCGCUGCAGCUGGUCAUGCUCAGCGCCACCGUUCCCAACUACAGUGAAUUCGCAGAUUGGAUAGGAGCGAUCAUGGAACGCGAGGUCAUCACAAUUGUUACGAGCAAGCGUCCGGUGCCGCUCAUGCACUUCUUAUACAUUUAUGGGCGCGUGUUCCUACUGCUGGACAAUAAGGGCUUCAACAAGGACGCGUAUCACCAAAUGUACAAGUACUCCACGCUAACGAAGAGCGGGAAUGUCAAACGCACCACCUUCAAGGGGCACGUGCAGAAGCUCCAGCGGCUCAUCAAGUUGCUCGAGACCGCGCACAAGCUGCCGGUCGUGCUCUUCUGCUUCAACAGGGCCAAGUGCGAGGCUUACGCCCGGGAAAUGCCCAAUCUCAACCUGAGCUACACCCAGGUGCAGCGGUCCCGGAUACACCUAUUCCUCAAAGAGUCGCUCAGCAGCAUCAGCGAAAGCGACCGAAACCUGGUGCAGGUCAGAAGCAUCAUAAAGCUGCUCUACAGGGGAAUAGGAGUGCACCAUUCGGGGCUGUUGCCACUUAUGAAAGAGAUCGUUGAAAUCCUGUUUUCCAGAGGACUGAUCAAAGUGCUCUUCGCAACGGAAACGUUCGCCAUGGGGGUGAACAUGCCUGCCCGGUCUGUAAUCUUCACGUCCAUACACAAGCAUGAUGGGCAGAAGACAAGGCACCUCACCGCCUCAGAGUACACCCAAAUGGCUGGGAGAGCAGGCAGGAGGGGGCUGGACUCGUUUGGCAGCGUUUACAUAUUCUGCCCAGACGACCCGCCAGACUUGCAGGACCUCACAAACAUGAUGUUCGAAAAGUCCACGAGGUUGGAAAGCAGGUUCAGAAUCACGUAUAACAUGCUCCUGCAAGUCCACUCGAGAGAGCACAUGAACAUCACUGAAAUGAUGCUGAAGUCGUUCAAGGAAAAUAACAAAAUGAAGAAUAUUCCCAUUUUCAAGCGUGAUGGAGUGCGCAAACGCCAGGAGCUACUCACGCUACCAAAGGUAGACUGUAUAUAUGGCGAGCCCAGUAUCGAGGAGUACCACCGGCUGGAUAUGCGCUCGAGGCGUAUCGCCAACAGCCUCCACGAGAACCUCUGGAACCACAGGGAGAAUGCGCAAAUAUUCAAAGCAGGGCGGGUUUUAAUGGUGCACUCGUUAGGGUUUUGCAACACCAGCUCCUAUGCGUGCAUCAUCGCUUCCUCAAAGGGCAAGACCCUAGAACUCAAGGUCCUGCUGCUGCUACCAGACUUGUAUGAAGAAUCCAAAGCAACAGGGACCAUACAUACCACCAUAAGCGCGUACAAUCACGCAGAGAUCAGGUUCGCAGUCUGCGAGUCUAUCGACGUACGCAAUGUCUCUUUUGUAUACAACAAUGUAGUCAACGUGAAGAACACGAAUACCACCUUCGGAGAUAGUAAGGAUAUCGGAGUUGCGCUCAUGGCGUCUGUCGCAUCGGAGUUACACAAAUUGGUAGACACCAGGAAGCUGGAACUCCUUGCCUUCAAUAAGCAGCUCAAGCAAACGUCGCUCCAAUUUUACGGUGUCGUGCUCAAACAGCGCGACAUAUACCACGAGUUGUCGAAAAACAAGUGCACGAACUGUCACCUGAAGGACAAGCACUAUUCCGUGCAGGCGCGCGUGGAGGAGUGCCAGCGUGAAAUCGAGGAAAUCAGCGCCAACCUCAAAGAGGAGUCGCUGUACGCAUACGAUGAGAUGAUUGCGAAGGUGGAGGUGCUCAAGCAACUCGAGUUCCUGGACGAGCACGGUAGGCCGACGGUCAAGGGCAGAAUCGCCACAUACCUCACUACGGGCGACGAAAUCACGCUCACCGAAACCAUCGUGCAGAACGUUCUCAGCGGACUGGAGCCAGAGGAAUGCGCAGCUAUACUGUCUGCGUUCAUCCACAACGACAGAGCGCCAGAGAAGGAGGUGCCCGCUCCUACGCAGGCGAUACAGCGGGCGAGGGACGCCGUCCUGGUCCUGCACAACAAAAUCGACGUCGUGCAACGUGCGCUGAAUGUCAACGUGUCGAGAGAGGAGCACGCAUCACUGUGCAACUUCUCGCUCUCUUAUGUCAUAUACCAGUGGGCUACGGGCACGCCCUUCAACGAGAUCAUGCAAUUCACAGACCUGCAGGAGGGGCACAUCGUCAGGGCGAUCACCAGGCUGGACGAGCUCUGCCGUAAGAUUGGUCAGGUGGCACACAUCAACGGAGACGAGGAACUGCAGAAUAAAAUCGAAAAGGUGUCAAACUCCAUCAAACGAGGGAUCGUCUUUAUGCCGUCACUCUACCUGUCAUGA